AUGACACUGGCGAAGCUUCCGGGACCACCGCAAAAUCAAGAGUUUUCGUCCAAGAAUGACGCAGAUACGUCCAAAUUACCACCUCUAGGUAAAUGGAACAUUUCACCCAAGGCAGCGUCCGUGAGUACGUCUCCAGUCGAACAAAAAACACAGAAAACCAGUCGUGUUAAAAAGCUAUGCGAACGCGCACCGCAUCCGUCGAGUUCUGGUUCCCUUGGCACUGAAAACGAGUACGGAAAGCUUCACGAAAUACCUCAAGUGGAAGCACGGAAACUUGAAUGGACCGAAAAUUCGACAACUAGUAGCGAAAUUUACACCACAAAGUCUGGGUGGCAGUACUUAAUAAAGGAGGGCUCAGUUCCGUGUUUUGAAAUGCUGCGAUCCAAACUUCCAGACCCAUUGACUUUCUACGAAGAAGUGGAACCCAUCGGGCGCCAUUUUGGAGCAGUCGUUCUUCAAGUCAUUGAGGACCCGCUCAAGUCAGAGAAGCAAUCGGCCACAGCUUUGGAUCCCGAGCGUUUGCAUUUCAAGGCCAGAAAGCAGGCCUUGAGACCCCCACAUAUUGAGAGACAAAGAAAGCUAGACUUUUACCGGAAACUGCACCAUCACCAUACCGUGCACGGCAACAAAGACAUGGACUCCAGCUUGCAGAAAAUACCAAGUAUCGACAGAAGACCGCUGGAUCUGUACAGAUUGCGCCAAUGCGUUCUUCUAAGAGGAGGGUAUCAAGCUGUUUGUAAUAAAAAAGCUUGGGCGCAGAUUAGUAGAGAGCUGGGGUAUUCUAGAAGAGCAUCAACUUCUCUUUUGUCAACCCUGCGAUCAACUUAUGCAAAGAUUUUGCUCGACUUUGAUGAACAAACAUCAAAGAGCCACAAUGCUGAUAAUGUUGUUCAGCAAGAACUCGGUCCCAAACACAAGAUAAUACUUCCGUCAUCCAAGACUCAUGAAGCAGCAAAUGGAAUGUGUAAAAAGAGAGUGGCUGCGACCACCACACUGAUAUCCGACAAUAGCACGAAAAGGCAGAAAGUCUCGAAAUUAAAAGCUUACAAAGUUAUAGGGACGGGCGUCGAAUACCCAAGGUUGCGAGACAUAUUGCAAUAUAAAGGUUUUGUUACCAAGUUCGAGUCUUUGACUGAUGGCAAGAAGCAUAUAACAAAACCAUCUGUCUUGACCUUACCAAAUUACGAUUUUUCUUUCUGGAGGAACACCACAGCAAUUUUCGAUCAAUCCCCUUAUGAAGCAUCAAAUUCUCCUUUUUACAAUCUCAUUCAAUAUUCCGAAAAAUCGCAUUUGCAUUCGAAGCAGGUUUUCGAUAGAUGCGUGGAGAGAUUGCCACAUGCUAUAUCAAAUUAUCAAAAAAUGGGCGUUGACAAAUUCGAAAGGCUUUUUCAUCAAGUUUUGUUAGAUGUAAACGUCCCGUGUGACGUGGAUUCUGCGAUAAAUCUGCCGUCUCGUAUACACGGGUCGGCUUUUCCUAAAGCUAGUCGGAAUGGGGAUGGUACAUCAACCAAUGAUUCGUGGUCACUGAGCAGCAUGCCCUUGUCCAGUAAGUCAGCUCUGUGCUUUUUGAAUGCGGAUUACGGUGACCAUGUAUCAUCACACUUGGACAUAGGGAUGUUGUUUUCAAUAAAAGGUUGGGCCGUCGAGGACAGCUUUCUUCCUGCCGUAGACUAUCACCAUGUUGGGUCGUCAAAAUUAUGGUACGUGGUUUCUCCCCAGGAUUUAGAAAAGUUCGAACAGUUGAUGUCCACAUCAAGAGAUGCUAUUGCCUCAUCCGGUGUCAUCACGGACCCAAUAAAAGAAAGACAGUUUCGAGAUUCAGUCUUAUUUCAGUGUUUCAAUGGAACUACGCAAAUGCAGGAGUUCUCGGGCAUGCGUUCAAGAAUCAACACACAUUCAUUUCCGUUGCAUCUCGGUAAGGGUACUGGUUUUGCGCCGGAGUUAGAUCAGCUAUAUGGGGACCUACUAUUACAUCCGGAGAUUUUCGAAUUGAACGACAUAAAGAUUCGUAAAGUCAUUCAAAACCCAGGAUCGUACAUUUUCAAAUUUCCAAAGACCUAUGCGAUGAACAUACAUUCAGGCUUCGGCGUUUCGGAAAAUGUCCAUUUUGCUACCGCUUCUUGGUUGGACCAUCUCCUCGAUAGCGAACUAUGGCUUGCGAAACACGGUAUUUUGUCGUCCAUCAAUUCUUUCCAGCUCCUGCAUACUAUUAUCUCGGAGUCAAAAGACAAGAGCUUAGUCACAAAAGCAAGUAAUAUUCUUUUGCCACUCAUCACCGAUGAAUUAGAAGCCAGGGAGAAGCUGACCGGCAUGUCAAAGAAGCUCUCCGUCUGCCAAAACACCUUUGAUUUCGUAUCUGACCUGGACUACUCUUCCACGGGAGCUUCAAAAGUACUUUUGGCCAAUGCGGACGAUUGCAUUACUCUUUCAUUGAAGCAAUUUCAGGUUAAUUCAUUCGUGAAAGAUGGAAGGUUACACGUUUUGGGUCAAGAUGUUGAUAAUGACUGGACAAGCGUAUCACUGCAUUUGCUAUACCCCAAUGAAGAUCUCGAUCUUAUGCUUCAACAGUGUCGCGCUCGAAAAAAGGCUGCGAUGGCUUUCUCGCGACAUUUGAACGAUCUCGGAAAGGAAGAAAAGGCACCCAUUUUAGCCGCAUACAUUGCACAAAUUGUCAAAAGUGGAAAACGGUUGCGUUUCGAGGAAAUAAACAUGUACAACGAAGCGUUAUCUCAUUUUGACGAUUCAGUUGCAAAAAACUUGAACAAAAUAGUGGGUGAACUAAGAAUCAUAAGAUCCAAAUGCGUUCAAUUUCUCAGGAGCGUUCAGAGCCGUUUGCCUAAAUCUCCUUACCUCGAUACACAUUUGAAAUUCGAUUUCGAAGGGGUCCAUGUACCGGAGUUUCAGUACUCGGUCACAGAGCUCUUCAAUUUGCAAAAGGAGAUACAGAAUGUUCCUGUAGAGUUUCCUGAAAUGCAGGACAUUUUCAGUCUAUGCAGAAAAGUUAAGCGAUACCAAACGCUUUGCAAAGUGGCCAUACAAAAGAACGACGUGAGGCUUAUUCGCGAUGCCUUCGUGAGCGGAUUUUCGCUUGGCGUCAGCUCCAUAUAUCAAAAGCAGUUGGCAAAGAGUAUAGGCGAAAGUUUGUGGCUCGAGGAAUAUAACAGAAUAUUCUUAAACAGACCGGAGGCCAAAACCAGUACUCUUAUAAAGAACGACCUUGAGGACCUGCCGCUUUUCUUAGAAUAUGGAUUACGGUAUGUGAGGAAAGACGAACACAUGGAGAAGUUUCGUGAAGUCCGGAGAGCCAUUCUAUCAGCCCAAAAUAUACUAUUUGAUGUGAAGUCUCUUUUUAAGAAGAAGAACAGCAAGGUAUCUGUGGAUAGACUUCAGGAACUUUUUUCUGCAAUGGCAGAAAAUAGAAACAUAAUCGAUCCCCGUUUAAAAGAAGUGAUUGAAGCCGUUCUUGACGCGUUCGAGAAAACAAAGCUAAGUUACGCUGCAGCUUUUGCAAAACUAAACAUAAACGACCAGUUUUUGAGUGAAGUGACGAAAUAUACCACGGUCGAAGCUUUAAAUGGUCUGGCCAUUAUUGAAAGAUUCGACGGUUCUCUAAGCGAUCAACGUUUAACUCAACAAGAAGUUCCAAAUAAAUCGAUAUUUGCCAAACACGUUAAAGAUUGCAGAGCGUGGCUGCAUGCCCUUUUUAGCGCUGUUUCGAAAAGACAGUCUUGGGGUAAAGUUGUACAGGCCACGGAACAAUGUCUUGGAAAUGAAGCUGAUAUUUGGCAGCCUGCAUCUACAGGGAACGCUGAAAAAGAUGAGUUUUAUUGUUUUUGUCGUCGAGGGGACUUUGGCAGUACCAUGGUUGCCUGUGAGAUAUGUGGAGAAUGGUAUCAUAUGACUUGCAUAAACAAAGGGAAAUGGUCCUUGGGAGAUAGCGAGAGCAGCGUUUUUGUUUGUCCCAUCUGUUGUUCCCGGGACAUUUCGGGCCCCAACGUUAUACACUACGACGAUCUACAAAAAUUGAUCAUCGAGUCCUGCCACUUGAAAAUCAUUCCUGAUCGCCAGGUACUCACGGAGGUGUUUGAGAUAUUCAAGCUCGCUUUUCAGUUCAAACGCACGGUUCGAAAUUCUGUUCUUGAUCCCAGUGGCACAGUGAAAUCAGAUGUCCCACUGUCAGAGAUAAAAUUCUACCUUCGAAAGCUUGCAGGGAGCGGAGUGAAACUGGUCAGCGAAGAGCAAACGCUUCGGAAUGCAUGCCGCGGGCACGAUGCUAAAAAAAUACAAGAGUUAGCGCAAAAAACCAUCAAAGUAGUCACUGGAUUGGAAAAUGCAGAUGAAAGACCUCGUGAAUUAGCUUCUACCGAAAAGGCUGCGGAAGAAUUGAAGCCUUCGGAAGAAACAAAGCCUCCCAAAGAAACCUAA